AUGACUCGAAACAGAAUUGCUUUGAAAGAACUAUUAAGGCAUGCUCCUGGUGCAGGUUUUGGAAUGCAAGGAUUGCUUUAUGUAUUUUUAAAAAGAGAUUUUGAAAUUGACAGUGCUAGAAUGGCUAGAGCAGUUGAUUAUUAUGCAGAUAUGGGACAGCCUUACCAAAUUUUGAUGUUCCCAGAAGGGACGGACAAAACAGCACAUACAAGUGCCCAAAGUGAUCGUUAUGCUGAUAGGGAAGGAUUGCCUAGAUUGAAAUAUUUACUCUAUCCACGUACAGCAGGAUUUGUACAUUUGGUGCAGAAAAUGCGGCAAAGUAAAUUUUUUUGACUUUAAAUUAAGCCUAUUUGUGGGACUGUGCUGAAGAAGGACAAUUGUGAACUUGGAAUUAGAGUUGCGCCCGACCCCGUACACAACCGCCCCCGAGCGUUCAGGGCCCAACCCUCCUUGGAAUAAAUGGGAAGGUGGGUGAUAAGGUAGAAUAGUAGUGGCAAGGGCUUAAGACAAAGGGGGAUAGCUUGGAGAUUUUGAUAUGUGGAAAUGAUAAGAAAGGAAUAAAAUAGGAUAUAUGAAGGAGUAGGAUGAGUGGGAGAGAUUUUGAUAAAAAACAAGCCCCUUAUUAAA